ACUGACUGCGUGAAGGACCGGUGCUCACCGUCUCCUACGUUUCUGUACACACCAUCUCUGCUCGUUCACCAUCAUGGAUCCCAACGCCAUCAAGGAGGAGCUACGACUCUUUCAGAGCACCCUGCUCCAGGACGGUCUGAAGGAGCUCCUCAAUGAGAACAAGUUUGUUGACUGCACGUUGAAGGUUGGAGAUCGCAGCCUGCCUUGCCAUCGACUCAUCAUGGCCGCCUGCAGCCCUUACUUCAGGGAGAUCUUCUUCACAGAGGAUGGGAAGGAAGUGGAGAACACCAAGGAGGUGGUCCUGGAGGAUGUCAACCCCACCAUCUUGGACAUGAUCAUUCAGUACCUCUACUCCGCUGAGAUUGAUCUCACUGAUGACAAUGUUCAGGAUAUAAUAGCCGUAGCCAACAAAUUCCAGAUCCCUUCCGUUUUCACUGUCUGUGUCAACUACCUUCAGAAGAAGAUCUCAAUGGGCAACUGCAUGGCCAUCUUCAGGAUGGGCCUCGUGCUCAGUUGUCCCCGCCUGGCCGUCGCCGCUCGGAACUACAUCGCUGACCGCUUUGAGCUCCUGCACAAAGAUGAGGAGUUCCUCAAAUUGGCUGCUCAUGAACUGUUUGCCAUUAUUGGUGGAGACUCACUCAAUGUGGAGAAGGAGGAGAUGGUGUUUGAAUCGGUCAUGGCUUGGGUUCGCUAUGACAAGGAUAAGCGUAUCAAGGUCCUGAAAGAUGCCUUCAAUUGUAUCCGCUUCCGCCUCCUGCCUGAGAAGUACUUCAAAGAGAAAGUAGAGAGCGACGAUAUAAUCAAGGGGGACCCUGAACUCCAGAAGACAAUCCAGGUUAUCAGAGAUGCCUUCAAGGGGAAACUUCCAGAGACCCCAAAGAAAAAGGAAGGAGGCGCGGGGGCGGAGGCGGAGGAUAGCCCCUUCCCUGGCUACUUGAAUGACAACCGCAGACACGGUAUGUACGUACGGGACUUCAUCCUGAUGGUGAACGACUCGGCGGCGGUGGCGUACGACGUGAACGAGAACGAGUGUUUCCUGGCGGCCAUGUCAGAGCAGGUACCCCGCAACCACGUCAGCCUGAUGUCACAGAAGAACCAGCUCUACAUCAUCGGGGGGCUGUUUGUGGAUGAGGAGAACAAGGAUGUUCCCCUCCAAUGUUAUUUCUACUUGCUGGAUCCACUUGCCUCCGACUGGGUCGCCCUGCCACCUAUGCCCUCUGCCCGAUGCCUCUUCAGCAUCGGCGAGAGCAACAACCAGCUUUUUGCUGUUGCUGGAAAAGACUUGCAAACUAACGAGUCACUGGAUAGCGUCAUGUGCUACGACAUCGAGAAGCUGAAAUGGAGUGAGACUAAGAAGCUUCCACUGAAGAUCCACGGACAUGCGGUUGUGUCCUACAAAGGGCUGGUGUAUUGCAUUGGUGGCAAGACAGACGACAACAAAGCUAUCAGCAAGAUGUUUGUGUACAACCACAAGCAGUCCGAGUGGAGGGAGUUGGGUGCCAUGAAGACGCCCAGAGCCAUGUUUGGCGCCGUCAUCCACGAUGGCAAAAUCGUAGUGGCCGGUGGAGUGAACGAGGGAGGCCUCACUGCCUCCUGUGAAUCGUACAACUUUGCAACAAACAAGUGGGAGUCUUUCACAGAAUUUCCUCAGGAGAGGAGCUCAGUCAACUUAGUGAGUACCGGCGGCGCACUGUAUGCUGUGGGUGGUUUUGCCAUGAUUGAGAUGGAGAACAAGGAGGUGGCUCCCACAGAGGUCACUGAUGUCUGGCAGUAUGAGAAUGAUAAGAAGCAGUGGAGCGGCAUGCUGAGGGAGAUGCGUUACGCCGCUGGAGCUUCCUGUGUGUCGAUGCGUCUCAACGCGGCCAGAAUGGCCAAACUGUAGACACGGCUUUCUGUUUUCAGCAUCCUCUCCUUAUGCACCCUCCUCUUUACCCUGCUAGCUCAUAUUUCAUGCAUCAUAUUAAUCUUUGACACAGAAUGUUUACUGUAAAGACUCCAGCUACCCCCCCCCCCCCCCCUCCAUUCAAAGACUGCACCAAAUCCAACAACACCAAGGAAAAUACAGCUCUAAUUACAUUAUUUUGUAAAAUAAUCAUUUUUACAGAGGCGGCACGGCAGUUGAGUGGUUAGCGCACAGACCUCACAGCUAGGAGACCAGGGUUCAAUUCCACCCUCGGCCAUCUCUGUGUGGAGUUUGCAUGUUCUCCCCGUGCAUGCGUGGGUUUUCUCCGGGUACUCCGGUUUCCUCCCACAUUCCAAAAACAUGCUAGGUUAAUUGGCGACUCCAAAUUGUCCAUAGGUAUGAAUGUGAGUGUGAAUGGUUGUUUGUCUAUAUGUGCCCUGUGAUUGGCUGGCGACCAGUUCCAGGGUGUACCCCGCCUCUCUCACCCGAAGACAGCUGGGAUAGGCUCCAGCACCCCCCGCGACCCUCGUGAGGAAAAAGCGGUAGAAAAUGAAUGAACUAAUCAUUUUUUACAUGUUCAGGAGUGUGUGACCAUAGUUGAACUUUAAUAAUCAAUUUCUCGGACACAAGAAAUGAUGAAGUGACUCACCUUAUUCACUCCUCUGACGUGCCUCAACCCGGCUGUAGCAUUUUUGUACCCUUGUUAAAACAUAUUGCUCCUGUUGUAGUGAGUCAUUAAUGAGCCAUUCAAUACUUGCAGGUUUUUCACUGAGUUGGGCUUCGCAGGUAUUUUUCUCUAUUACAUGGUUCACUUACGCACCCCCGCUACCCUUACCAAUUAAUCUGUAUUUUAACACAAGACAUCUUAAUACUCGAUUUACAACCUGUUAAGCAUGUGCAAAGUAGUCUCAGACCGCAACCUUCCCAAUGAAAUGUAUUUUAUAUUAAUGUGUAUGAAAACUUUUUAGGGACCACCAUGUGUGGUACAACAGUACCCCCCACACACACACUUCGAUGCCCUGGUGAUGUGUUUCACAAUAAAUUUGAUACAUAAUGUUUACUGUAAAGACUCCAGCUACCCCCCCCCAUUCAAAGACUGCACCAAAUCCAACAACACCAAGGAAAAUACAGCUCUAAUUACAUUAUUUUGUAAAAUAAUAAUUUUUACAAGUUGAACUUUAAUAACCAAUCUCUUGGAUACAAGAAAUGAUGAAAGUGACUCACCUUAUUCACUCCUCUGACAUGCCUCAACCUGGCGCCAUUAAGCUGUAGCAUUUUUGUACCCUUGUUAAAACAUAUUGCUCCUGUUGUAGUGUUUUACUUCUCCUAGUUUUUCAUGAACCGAAGAUUCAUGGAUCAUAAAAGUAUGAUCACUAGUGAACCAGAGAACCAGAGAAGUGCAAGUCAUUUAUGAGGCAUUCAAUACUUGCAGGUUUUUCACUGAGUUGGGCUUCGCAGGUAUUUUUCUCUAUUACAUGGUUCAUUACCCUUACCAAUUCAUAUGUAUGUUAACACAAGACAUCUUAAUACUCGAUUUACAACCUGUUAAGCAUGUCCAAGGUAGUCUCAGACCGCAACCUUCCCAACAAAAUGUAUUUUAUAUUAACGUGUAUGAAAACUUUUUAGGGACCACCAUGUGUGGUACAACAGUACCCCCCCCCCACACACACACACACACUUCGAUGCCCUGGUGAUGUCUCCCAAUAGAUUUCAGCAACAUUCAGGGAAGAAAGACCUUUAUUUUUGGCUUUCACAUGACAAACAAGGUAGUAUUUUCUAUUGCAAUUUAAGCAGUUUUUCUAUGCAUCACAUGUUUCAUUGCCAUAUGUGUAAUGACAUUUAUUUACGCAAUAAUGGCACAGUAGAUAGCACCAUGUUGACCUGUGAAAUAGAAGGAGAAUUUGGGUUAUACACUAAAAACAAAAAAAAAAAUGCUAUGACAAUAGCAAUGGGGUGUCACGAUCCAAUAUUGAUCACAAUGUGUCAAUCCGAUAUCAGAGAAUAAGUUGAUUUUAAAUCAAUACAGAAACAAAUCUACCACUGAAGUAAGCAGAGCCAAACUGCUUUAUUUUCAAAGCAAAAAUUAGCAAAAUUUGCUGCUUCCAACCCAAACUCUCUAUGGCGAACUAUAAAAUCUUUAACUGGUGAAAAUAAUUUGUAAAAUAACAAUUUCAGUAAUAAUGAGUAGUAUAUCUCAUAACAAGAGUUAUCCUCGAAAUGUACCAAUUUAUUCCCAAUACUACUAAAUUCAUCUCAGCAGUUUUCUUUUCUGAGAUCUCACAACGUGCCUGCGAUAUAAACAAUAUAAACAUAAUUUUUUGGAAAACCCAUGCUUGUACUCUCAUACUACCUUUCCAUCACUUGCACAGUGAAUCUGUACAUGCGACAGUUCUAUUAUUUGGAAAACUGCUCAGAUUACCCCGGUUCAUAAAUCAGAUAAUCCAAGUAACGUCCCCAAUUAUCGACCAAUUUCAAUUCUCCCAAAAGUCUCUAAGGUACUUGAUAAAAUAUGAUAUAAUCAAGCAAUCCAAUACCAUAAAGACAAUACACUGCUUGGUUUUAGACCGUUUUGGUCAAGCAUGUCAGCAUUGCUUUCAUUCACUGAACAGAUGGGACAUAUUACUGUAGCUAACAUAGUAUUUUGUUGAACAAACUCAUUUCUUUUCAUUUGUCUUCUUCUGCAAUAGACAUGUUUUCAUCAUAUCUAAGAAGCAGCUUGUAAAAAUUGGUACAACAAUAUCACAUGGGGGGGCCUUAGGGGAGUAUUUUAGGACCAUUACUCUUCCUGAUUUACAUUAACGACCUUACAUUACCUAACGACCUGUUAUACGUUGUGCUUUUUGUGUGUGGUGAAAAUAUAGACACAACAACAAACUAAACACCGAUCUUCAGCGCUUACAUCAAAGCUUGCGAUGUUCUUUUCUUUAAUCUUUUCCGGUUUAAAUCAAAAUAAUAAAUAUAACUUUGAUACAAGCCACACUUAAAAAGUAAUAAGAACCAACAGUGAUGUAAAAGUUUGACAACACGCCCCACCCCCCCCCAAUGGUGACACAGAACCGGUGUUGCAUCCGUAGCAAUAGACAAUAAUAACAACAAUGGAGGGGCAGCCGAGCUAAUUCUCCACCAGACUCCUCCGGUUCCAUUCCCACAGUGAACGCUACAGAACUUCAUUCCUUCCAAACGCCAUCCAGCUCUACAAUACCUAAAAGUGUUACUUGUAUUUACCAUAUUUGUACACACAAUUUGUAAAUGACAUUUAUAUUUUGCUUUGAUUAUAUUUUAUAGAUAUUGCAUUGCAUUUUAUUUCAGCGUUUUUGUCUUUUUUUUUUCCUCUGCAAUGGAGCUACUGUAACCAAGCAAUUUCACUUGUGGAUCAAUAAAGUCUAAGUCUGAGUCUAAAAUAACUCAUAAAUUAAUUGUACCGAUAUGGUAUUGAUUUGAUAUUGGCAUCAGAUAAUACUCAAUUUUUAAUACUACAAGCAUAAACCUGUUCUAGGUUGUUCCUGUAAUUGCACCCUAAUACUCCCUCCUAUAAAAUUCAUUUAUACAUAUUUUUCAAUUAUCUGAAAAUAAUUUAGGGCGGCACAGCGGUCUAGUGGUUAGCGCGCAGACUACACAGCUAGGGUUCAAUUCCACCCUCGGCCAUCUCUGUGUGGAGUUUGCAUGUUCUCCCCGUGCAUGCGUGGGUUUUGUCCGGGUACUCCGGUUUCCUCCCACAUUCCAAAAACAUGCUAGGUUAAUUGGCGACUCCAAAUUGUCCAUAGGUAUGAAUGUGAGUGUGAAUGGUUGUUUGUCUAUAUGUGCCCUGUGAUUGGCUGGCGACCAGUCCAGGGUGUACCCCGCAUCUCGCCCGAAGACAGCUGGGAUAGGCUCCAGCAGGAAAAAGCGGUAGAAAAUGAAUGAAUGAAUGAAUGAAAAUAAUUUAGCUCAAUGAUCUAAAAGUUUCGAGUUUCGAGCCUUUGAACACUACCUGUAAUGUCUUCUUCUCAGCAGUCAGCAAAUAUGAUCAAUUUACUCCCCCGCAUUUAAUAUGCAGACAACACUGGUGCUAAUUAAAGGUAAUGAUUUAGCUGUGAUGAUAAUCUGCUGUAAAAGCACACCAGUGUAUUGCUGCAAA